AUGGAUAAGGAAUUUCUUCAUUCAGCAAGGCUCGAACUCGGACAAAGGAUCGCUCUACUCACUCGCUAUCGACGGAUGGACAAUGUCUUCAGUCAGCACGGCUCGAGUUUGAAAGAGGAUCGACACACUCACCCCCUGCGAACAGUGCGCAAUGACUUCGAUCAGCAUGGCUCGAGCUCGAAGGAGAAUCGCCACACUCACACGCUGCGAACAGUGCAUGGCUCGAGCUCGAAGCAGCAUCAACACACUCACAUCCUGCGAACAUUGGACAACGACUUCGAUCAGCAUGGCUCGAGCUUGAAGGAGGGUCGGCACACUUACAUACUGCAAACAGUGGGCAAGGACUUCAAUCAACAUGGCUCGAGCUCGAAGGAGAAUCGACAAACUCACCCACUGCAAACAGUGGGCAAUGACUUUAAUCAGCAUGGCUCAAGCUCGGAGGAUCGACGCACUCACACGCUGAGAACAGGGGACAAUGACUUCAUUCAGUAUGGUUCGAGCGCCAAGCAGGAUCGACAGACUCACAUUCUGCGAACAGUGGGCAAUGUCUUCAAUCAGUACGUCUUCGAUCAGCAUCGCUCAAGCUCGAAGGAGGAUAAACACACUCACAGCCUGCCAACAGUGGGCAAUGACCUCGAUCAGCAUGGCUCGAGCUCAAAGCAGGAUCAACACACUCACAUACUGCGAGCAGUGGGCAAGGACUUCGAUCAGCAUGGCUCGAGCUCGAAACAGGAUGACAGACUUACAUCCUGCGAAGAGUGGAAAUGA